CUAUUUUUUCAUCUAAUUAUCUUGACCAAAUCACUCAGCCAUCCAACAUCCCCUCUCUUCCUCACCAUCGCCAGCGGCUGUUCCACUUCCGCGUCUCAGAUGAUAUUCAUUGUGGUCAUCUUUAUCAUCACCUCUUUUUUCUUUCCAACUUUUGCUGUCAAUUUUCUAUACAAUUCUUUUGGUACCAUUACCAAUGGCACUGAUCUUAUUCUCAUCAACGAUGCCCGUCUUGACUUGUCCGUGGUGCGACUCACCAACGAUUCCAAUCAAUUCUCUUUCGGUCGGGCUUAUUACCCAACAAAACUGACAAUGAAACCCUCUGACAACUCCUCCAAUAUCACUUCUUUCUCAACUUCAUUUGUGUUCUCAGUGUUGCCGGAGAUCGCUUCAAGUCCAGGCUUUGGUCUUUGUUUCGUCCUCACCAACUUCACAUCUCCGCCUGGUGCAAUUGCUAGUCAAUACUUUGGCCUUUUCACAAAUGCAACUGUUGCAACUGUGGCUCCACUUCUGGCAGUUGAAUUUGAUACGGGUCGAAACCCUGAAUUCAAUGACCCAGAUGAUAAUCACAUCGGGAUUGAUCUCAACAACAUUGAAUCGGCUAAGACUGCCCCAGCUAGGUACUAUAACUCUUCAAAUGGGUCUUUUGUGCCUGUCAAUAUGAAGAAUGGGCAGAAUAUUCAUGCUUGGAUUGAAUUUGAUGGUAAAAACUUUGAGAUUAAUGUCACGGUCGCACCAGUUGGUGUUUCUAAGCCGUCUAGACCUAGCCUGAAUUAUAAAGAUCCGGCUAUUGCUAAUUAUGUUUCUAGUGAGAUGUAUGUCGGAUUUUCUGCAUCGACGACUAAUUGGAUUGAGGCACAAAGAGUUCUUGCUUGGAGUUUGAGUGACACUGGGGUUGCUAGAGAGAUUAACACCACUAAUUUGCCGGUUUUUUCUCUGCGAUCUUCAUCUUCAUUAUCAGCUGGUGCUAUUGCUGGGAUUGUAAUUGGUUGUGUUUUUUUUGUGGUCAUUUGUUUAUCUGGGGGUUACUUGUUUUGGCGAAAGAACAUACUGAAGGACCUGGAAGAGGACGAGAUUGAAGAUUGGGAACUCGAAUAUUGGCCUCAUAGGUUUUCUUAUGAGGAACUUGGUCAAGCCACAAACCGGUUCUCUAAAGAUCAUCUUCUUGGUUCUGGCGGAUUUGGAAAAGUGUAUAAGGGAACUCUUCCUAACAACACAGAAAUAGCUGUAAAAUGUGUCAACCACGACUCUAAACAAGGCCUAAAAGAGUUCAUGGCAGAGAUCUCAAGUAUGGGCCGGCUUCAACAUAAAAAUCUAGUCCAAAUGCGAGGGUGGUGCAGAAAAGGCAAUGAACUUUUACUUGUUUAUGAUUUCAUGCCCAAUGGCAGUCUCAACACCUGGAUUUUUGACAAACCCAAGAAACUGUUAGGCUGGAAACAACGACGCCUUGUCCUUGCCGAUGUGGCUGAAGGACUCAGCUAUUUGCACCAUGGCUGGGACCAAGUAGUACUUCACAGAGACAUCAAGUCUGGCAACAUUUUGCUGGACGCCGAAAUGAGAGGCCGUCUUGGAGAUUUUGGUCUCGCAAAACUAUACCAACAAGGUGAAGUACCCAACUCUACUAGAGUAGUGGGCACUUUGGGGUACUUAGCACCGGAGUUGGCAACAGUUUCGGCUCCCACUUCAGCGAGCGAUGUGUAUAGUUUUGGAGUGGUGAUAUUGGAGGUGGCCUGUGGAAGAAGGCCAAUUGAUAUGACUGCUGAGACAGAUGAGGAGGCCUUGCUGAUUGAUCGGGUGAGAGAAUUUUAUGGGCAGGGAAGGAUUUGUGAGGCUGCGGAUAGGAGGAUUAGAGAAGAGUACGAAGUGGAAGAGAUGGAAUUGAUAUUAAAACUUGGUUUGGCUUGUUGCCAUCCAGAUCCGCAAAGGCGGCCUACCAUGAAGGAGGUGGUGGCAGUUUUAGUUGGAGAGGAGGCGGCCACCAACCCCAAGGAAUUGUUGGGUGAAUUGGCGGGUUGCGAUAGUAAUAAUGGCGGACCUGGUGGCGACAGUGGUGGAAGUUUAACAGAAGACGAACCACACCUCCCGGUGUGAAUACUUAAAUUGUUUUGUGUUGGUUAACUUUUAGGUAACAGACAUUGUCAGGCUGAUCAGAAUUUGUGCGCAUUGUAUUAAUUUGAUAUUUGUUUGUAUUGCGACGUUAUUCAAUAUCCAAGAAUCAUUUUUGGAAGGUAAA